AUUUAAUAUAUUAAUUAUAGCAUGAGUAAAUAAAAUUGACAAUUCCACUAAAGGCUAAGCCUUGAAAGUAAAUUAGUGUAUAAUCAGUUUUGUAUUUACAUUUACACCUGUAUUUUUAUCUAAACUCCCAUUUUCACUUAAUCUUGCAUGUAGCGUUCUAAAUGUUUUAACACUUGGAAUUACUCUUAGGAUAUGCGUGCUUGUAAAUUAUUCGUGCUUUUGCCACUUUUCCAUUUAAUUCAUAAUUAAUGUGCAGGUCAGUCAUCUUAAAAUGAAAAGUUAUUCAUGAUGGAAUCAUUUCUAAAUAACUUUGAAGUUUAACUUUAAUCAUGAUAUGCCAAUACUAUUACUGUGAAUUGCUCUCCAAAGCAGGUGCAGCCGGAUCAAAAGGAGUCGACUAUCAACUUAAACUACUCCAGUUUUAUCUACUUCAAGGUUACUGCAUAGGUGAAAAUUUUAAAUUAUCUACCGAAAAUGAAGAUGCCGCCAAUUUUAAUGAUAUUGUUUAUGAAGUAGAAGGAAACACCAUUUUGCUUCAAGCAAAACAUUCCUUGCAGAAAAAAGCAAUUCAAUUUCAGCAAUUAUUCCCGCAAAAUUCAAAAGAAUCCAAAGAACCCAAAGAGAAAGAUAAAUUAUUAUUAGUAUCAAUAUCUGAUGAUGAUUUAGAUUACCAAAUACAAUAUUUAAUUGAACAAAUGGAUAUAAAUGAUGAGUAUCUUACUCUAAAAAUAAUUCAGAAUAGUAUUUUUGAUAAAAUAAAAAAGUGGUUCCAAUCCUCCAAAGGGGUAUAUCUUACAAAGUCCAACGUCACGGGAUAUAUAUCUCAAAUCAGAUGUUCAAAUUACUUAACUCGUAAAAUAAAAGCCCUAUUUUUAUUAUCUGACAAUAGUGAAAAUACAGAUAAUAGUUAUUCAAAGUCAUUCAAUAAUAAUUUACUGUUAAUUAAAAUUAGAAAAAAAGAAACUUAUGAUCUGCACGAGUUCAAGAUUUAUCAACUUCUAUUAGAUAAAAUAAAAAAAGAAAAUAACGCGGACAAUUCAAACCAACAUGAAUUACUAGAUAAAAUGUUAUUUGUAGAUCCAAAUGCACCAGUAAAAAUUGUCCAAAAUAUAAUCAAUUCGUUUGAAGUACCUGAAUUUAUUUGUUUAAUUGUCCCCAUUUUUGAGAACUUCCUAAAAUUUUCAGAUAUUAACACUGAGUUAAAAAACAUUGUUCAAAAAAGUAGACCAUAUAAAAAAAUUAUUAUCGUCUCUGAUAUAUUAGAUGAAGAAAAUGAAUUUUUUCAAAAUUUUACAACGAUUGAAUCAUUUGUUAAAUUUAGUAAUUUUUCUGAAAAAAAUCAGCAAACAAUUCUUCAAAAAAAAAUUAAAUUUCAAGGAUAUAAAAUGCCGUUACAAAACAUAAUUGAAAUGGAAAAUCAAGUAGUCAAAUGGGAUGAUAUCAUUGAUGAAGCUACUUUAUUAAAAUUAGCAAUUGGCAAAGAAGAAAUAUUAGUUAAUAACUUUAUAAGUAACGAAGAAAUUCCAUUUUAUGUUAAAAGAUUCUUUAUUGAAAUUAAUGAAGAUAAAUAUAGUGAAUAUUUUGAGCAUUCAAAUCGGUGGAUGAAUAAUUGUUAUAUUAGAAACACGAGUCAUAAAUAUUGCGAACAAAACUUUUGUACCAAAAUUAUAAGCCAACGUGAUAUAUUCAUUGCAAUAUUUGAUUCUCCAGGAAUGGGAAAAUCAACAAUUAUAAAUAGAUUAGCUUGUUUGCUUCGUAAAAAGCCUUAUUGGAUAAUAAAAAUAAACUUGAAUGAAUGUACUACCAUUUUCUACAACCUUUCCAAAGAAAAGCGUAAAUCUGUAUCAUUAAAUGAAUUAUUAAUUUUAUUAAAAUAUCCAAAACUAUCUGAAUUUGAAGAAAACCUUUUUAAUAUCCCUAAACACAUAAUUUUAUUAGUAGACGCUCUAGAUGAAAUUUGUCCAGAAUAUUCCGACUUAAUUCUAAAUUCACUGAUCUCUAUAGCCAGUAACAGAAAUAUUAGAAAAAUAGUUCUGACUUCUAGACCACACGUUUUAAGAAAAUUGAAAAAUAAAAAUAUCGAAUUUGACAUGUAUGCUCUAAAACACCUUUCUAAUGAAGAAACUAUUAACUUUCUUACAAAUUUUUGGUAUAAUAAAUUAGACGAACAAUAUGAUGAAGCUAAGUGGUACAAAAUAAACGAGUUCGCAAAUAAGUUACAUGGUAUUUUGAUAAAUAAUAAUGGAUGGAAUAAAAUUCAGACUCUUAUAGGUAUACCUUUACAAAUUAAGAUGAUUGGAGAUAUUUUUACAAUUCAAUGUAAUAAUUUUUUGAAAAACAAGAAAAACCAUAUAGAAUUACCUACGAAAUUAAAUCUGAAUUGGUUGUACAUAGAGUUUAUUAAUCGACAAAAAGAGAUUUAUAUUGAGGAAAAAUGUAAUGCCGCAGGAAAUGCAGCUUCAAUAAAACUUUUAGAAAAUUCCUUUAAUAAUGCGAUUAACGAGUUUAAAAGGGAAGCAAUCAAAUUAGAGUUUCCACCAAGAGCACAUUUGUGUUUUGAUAUACUUUCAUCACCUAGAAGUUGUGAUGAAAAUGAUUUACUAAAAAUGGGUAUUCUAAUAAAAUCAAAUAAAAACGUUUAUUUCGCUCAUAAAACACUAUCGGAAUAUUUCGCUUCACAGCAUAUUUGCGAAUUAAUACUCAACAAUAAAAUAUCUAAAUUACUUCUAGAGAUUAAUAGUUUUAAAAAUAAUUCGUUUUUGUAUUAUAUGCUACAAGAUCAUUCAAUACCUGAGGAAUUUUUACUACAUACUUUCCGUAUAGAAUCUGUACUAUUUAAUUUCGACGCACACUUAAUUAAGCUUUUUAUUCAGAAAUUCGGUUACGAAAAAUUAUUUAGAUGUUUGUCAUUAAUUGAUUUAAAAACGGUUCAUCGUGUACUUGGCAGGAAUUUAAUUGACAUACUGAAAGAUUUAAAAAAUGUUAAUCUUAAAGGAAUAAAUGGCAUAACACCACUGCAUUUAGCAUGCCAAUAUGGUUCGAAAGAAAUGAUAGACCUACUGAUAAUUAAAGGACAUUCCGUUAAGGUUUCUGAUGGAUAUGGGAAAUCACCUCUACACUUCGCUGUUGCAAGAGAGGGAUCAAUAAACGAAAAUUUCCAUAUUAUAGAAUUGUUGUUGAAAAAAGGAUAUCGAAUUGAAAUUAGGGAUAAUAAUGGAGGAACACCAUUACAUUAUGCAGUUAAGUUGCAAAAUAAAGAUUUAAUUAAUUUUUUGUUGAAUAAAGGGCAUUUAUUUAAUGUUACAGAUUAUGCUGGGAGAACACCAUUACAUUAUGCAGCUAUAUUAAAUUAUAAUGAAAUUUCACAGUUUUUAAUAAAUAAUGGACAUCCUAUUGAUGUAAUCGAUAUUUUUGGACAAACGCCAUUACAAUAUCAAAAUCAAUUAUGUGAGAACGAUACGGCUGAUUUUUUGUCGGAUAAAAUUUGUAAAGUUGAUACUCCUGACAAAUAUAAAAGAAAAUCAUUGUAUUGUGAAUCUCAGCUGAAUCAGGACGAUACUGUAAAUUUACCGAUUUAUAUUGGUGAUGUAGAUGGAAAGAAACAAUUACACAUUGCAGCUAAAUUUGGUAAAACUAAAAUUAUAGAUUUAUUGUUAAAAAAAGGACAUCCCAUUGAUAUUAGUGACAUGGAGGGAAAAACUCCUUUACUCUAUGCAUUUGAAUCAAAACAAACGGGCACUGUAAAGUUCUUGUUAAAUAAAGGACAUCCUGUUGAUAUUUGUAAUAUGUAUGGAGAAACUCCUUUACACUAUGCAAUUGAAUCGAAACAGAAAGGUACUGUACAGUUCUUGUUAAAUAAAGGACAUUCUGUUGAUAUUUGUAAUAAAUAUGGAGUUACUCCCUUACACGUUGCAUCUAAAUUAGGUAAAACUGAAAUUAUAGAUUUAUUGUUAAAUAAAGGACAUCCCAUUAAUAUUAGUGAUAUUAAGGGAAAAACUCCAUUACACUAUGCAAUUGAAUCGAAACAGAACGGCACAGUAAAAUUCUUGUUAAAUAAAGGACAUCUUGUUGAUACUUGUGAUAAUUAUGGAGUUACUCCAUUACACAUUGCAUCUAAAAUUGGUAAAACUCAAAUUAUAGAUUCAUUGUUAAAUAAAGGACAUCCUAUUGAUAUUAGUGACAAGGACGGAAACACUCCUUUACACUAUGCACUUGAAUCGGAACAGGACGGUACUGUAAAGUUCUUGUUAACUAAAGGACAUCCUAUUGAUAUAUGUGAUAAUUACGGAAUAACUCCAUUACAUAUUGCAUCUAAAUUUGGAAAAACUAAAAUUAUAGAUUUAUUGUUAAAUAAAGGACAUCCCAUUGAUAAAGGGAGAUGGAUGGAGAAACUUCUUUAA